GAGCUCAUGGCUACAGAUAGUGCCAUUGACAUCCUGGGCUUCACUCCUGAUGAGAAGACAGCCAUCUACAAGCUGACAGGGGCUGUCAUGCACUAUGGGAACCUGAAGUUCAAGCAGAAACAGCGAGAGGAGCAGGCAGAGCCAGAUGGCACAGAAGUUGCUGACAAGGCUGCCUACCUGAUGGGCCUUAACUCAGCUGACCUGCUCAAAUCCCUAUGUUAUCCUCGAGUCAAAGUUGGGAAUGAAUUUGUGACCAAAGGCCAAACUGUGGAGCAGGUGAACAAUGCAGUUGGUGCCCUGGCAAAGGCUGUCUAUGAGAAGAUGUUCCUGUGGAUGGUUAUGCGUAUCAACCAACAGCUGGAUACCAAGCAACCCAGACAGUACUUCAUUGGUGUCCUGGACAUUGCUGGCUUUGAGAUCUUUGAUUUCAAUAGCUUUGAGCAGCUGUGUAUCAACUUCACCAAUGAGAAACUACAACAGUUCUUCAACCACCACAUGUUUGUGCUGGAGCAGGAGGAGUACAAGAAGGAAGGAAUUGAAUGGACAUUCAUUGACUUUGGGAUGGACCUGGCUGCCUGCAUUGAGCUCAUUGAGAAGCCCAUGGGCAUCUUCUCCAUCCUGGAAGAGGAGUGCAUGUUCCCCAAGGCAACUGACACUUCUUUCAAGAACAAGCUUUAUGACCAGCAUCUGGGCAAGUCCAGCAACUUCCAGAAGCCCAAGCCUGUCAAAGGCAAAGCUGAGGCCCACUUCUCCCUGAUACACUACGCUGGCACAGUGGACUACAACAUCACUGGCUGGCUGGAGAAGAACAAAGACCCCCUGAAUGAAACUGUCAUUGCAUUGUACCAGAAAUCAUCUGUGAAGACACUGGCCUUACUCUUUGCGAACUAUGGUGGAGCAGAUGCAGAGGGUGGUGGCAAAAAGGGUGGCAAGAAGAAGGGUUCUUCUUUCCAGACUGUCUCUGCUCUUUUCCGGGAGAAUUUAAACAAGCUGAUGACAAAUCUACGCAGCACUCACCCCCAUUUUGUCCGAUGCAUCAUCCCAAACGAAACAAAAACGCCUGGUGCCAUGGAGCAUGAGUUGGUACUGCAUCAGUUACGAUGCAAUGGUGUACUGGAAGGGAUCAGAAUUUGCAGGAAAGGAUUCCCCAGCAGAGUCUUGUAUGCUGACUUCAAACAGAGAUACAGAGUGCUUAAUAUAAGUGCUAUUCCAGAAGGUCAGUUCAUGGAUAGCAAGAAGGCUUCUGAGAAGCUGCUUGGGUCCAUUGAUGUAGACCACACUCAGUACAGAUUUGGUCACACCAAGGUGUUCUUCAAAGCUGGGCUGAUAGGUCUGCUGGAGGAGAUGAGAGAUGAGAAACUAGCACAGAUUAUGACCAGGACACAAGCCAGGUGUAGAGGCUUCCUGAUGAGAGUGGAGUAUCAGAAAAUGGUGGAGAGGAGGGAGUCCAUCUUCUGCAUCCAGUACAAUGUUCGUGCAUUCAUGAAUGUCAAGCAUUGGCCCUGGAUGAAGCUGUUCUUCAAGAUCAAGCCCUUACUGAAGAGUGCAGAAUCUGAGAAGGAGAUGGCCAACAUGAAACAAGAGUUUGAGAAAACCAAGGAAGAGCUGGCAAAGUCUGAGGCAAAGAGGAAGGAGCUGGAGGAGAAAAUGGUGACCUUACUGCAGGAGAAAAAUGACCUGCAGCUCCAAGUACAGGCG